AUGAAGUUUUCGCACUCAAUUCAAUUCAACUCGGUCCCUGACUGGGCUGACCAUUACCUUGCAUACUCAAAUCUCAAGAAACUUAUUUAUCAAAUCGAGAGAGACAUAGUCGCAUGCUCUAUUAUUGCUGCUGGUGAUACGUUGAUUGCUUCAGAUUCUGAGGAGUCUCCUUUAUUAGAUGCUAAAACUCGUGCAAACGCAAUAUUUAUCCCUGCACUUGAUAAAGAACUCGCAAAAAUCAAUUCCUUUUAUUUAAGUAAAGAAAAAGAAUUUCUUGAAGAGGUUGAAAUAUUAAUUGCGGAUUACGCUGUAUUUGAAAAUCUUGAAGAUAAUGUAAGCAUCCACAGUAAUGCCUUCAAUUUAAGUAGGUCUAAUCAGUCUGGUGAAGGUUCAAACUCUCGUAAAAGAGUUUCUAGCAGGAGAACUAGGUCUACUUCUGAUGCUGCUGUGUCAUUCAUGAGUAGUGAUGAUGAUGAAGCUGAAAAUCAUUUCUCGCAUCCAACAGGCGGAUCAAGAGUAUCAACCGAAGUUGAUUUUUCGGAUAACCGGCUUUCUUACUUGUGGACUCCUUCAUCACUUGACAAUCAGAAAAUACGAUUAAAGAAACGAACCAUUGAACUUUUCGUUUGGUUAUCUGAACUUAAAUCAUUUGUUUCUCUCAAUUAUACAGGUUUUUCAAAAAUUUUGAAAAAAUACGACAAAAUAACUAAUAGUAGACUCAAAUCAUCUUAUCUUAACAAUGUCGUGAAUGAAUCUUAUCCAUUUAGGCAUCCAACUCGUCAAAGACUCGAAGAAAAGAUUUUGAAAGUCCAAGAAAUUUAUGCCAAUUUAUGUACAAAUGCUAAUAUGGAUAUUGCUAUUAGAGAGCUUAAAACUCAUUUGAGAGAAUUCAUAGUUUGGGAAAGGAAUACUAUAUGGAGAGAUAUUAUUGGUUUAGAAAGAAAAUCACAUGCCGUAGGCAUAAAGGCUCCGGUUACUGUAGAUCAUUCACUUGAAGUGACUUCCAAAAUCACAACACCUUUCGGUAAUCUAAAUGUGUCUGGCACUUUCUGGAAGAAUGCGAUCAUUUUAUCAAUAUGCGUUGGAGUGUUUGUAUUCCUACUGGAUGCUUCUUUUUUCAAGAGAGAAGAGCAAAGAUAUUGCUUUGCAAUAUUGAUAUUUGCGAGUCUUCUAUGGGCAACUGAGGUUAUACCACUCUUUGUUACUUCGCUUGCGGUUCCUUUAUUGGUCGUUUGUUUACGCGUUCUACGUGACGAUCAUGAUAAUCGUCUUUGUGCAAAUGAUGCAGCAAAACAAAUAUUUCAAGCAAUGUUUUCACCAGUCAUUAUGUUGCUCUUGGGAGGUUUUGCUAUUGCGGGUGCUUUAAGUAAAUAUCAUAUAGCAAAAAUGAUGGCAACUUUUGUGUUAUCUAAAGCUGGGACGAAACCUAGUUUUGUGCUUUUGGCAAAUAUGUUCGUCGCUACUUUUGCAAGUAUGUGGAUAAGCAACGUUGCGGCACCAGUGCUAUGUCUGUCACUUAUUCAACCAAUCCUCAGAAACUUACCGCCUAAUAGUAAUUUUGGACGUUGUUUAAUUCUUGGGAUUGCCCUAGCUUCGAACGUUGGAGGCAUGGCAUCCCCCAUCUCAUCUCCUCAAAACAUUAUCGCAAUUGGUAUUAUGGAACGAUCUCCACCUUCGUGGAUUCAAUGGUUCUUUAUUGCAAUUCCUUUGUGUAUCCUAGUCGAUCUUUUGACAUGGCUCUUACUUGUUUGGAAUUAUGAGCCAACGAAAAAUUCUUCAAUAAUUCAUCCUAUUAGGUCGUCUAAGGAUCCAUGGACUGGAACACAAAUAUUUGUAAUUAUAGUGACUGUGACUACUAUUCUCCUUUGGUGCGUUGAAAAAAAGUUGGAAGCCUUUUUUGGUGAUAUGGGAGUUAUUGCUAUUGUACCAUUGGUUUUAUUCUUUGGAUCAGGUAUUCUCACCAAGGAGGAUUUCAACAAUUUCUUAUGGACUGUAAUUAUACUUGCUAUGGGUGGUAUAGCCCUUGGUAGAGCCGUACAAAGCUCAGGAUUAUUACAUACAAUUGCUAAAAGUAUACAGUCAAUGGUUGGUGAUUUACACCCAUGGCAAGUCUUGGUAAUUUUCUCAUCACUUGUACUCGUGGUAGCAACAUUCAUUAGCCAUACCGUUGGAGCUUUGAUUAUAUUACCCAUCGUUUUUGAAAUUGGUGUAAAAUUAAGUGAUCCACAUCCAAAUCUAUUGGUUAUGGGAUCGGUGUUGAUGUGCUCGUCAGCCAUGGGUUUGCCGAUCUCGGGUUUCCCUAAUAUGAAUGCAAUCAUGAUGGAAGACGAGAUGGGUGUUCGAUAUUUAACCACAAUUGAUUUUAUAAAAAUUGGAGUUCCAGCAUCUAUUCUUGCGCUGAUUACCAUUGUUACAGUUGGUUAUGGAUUGAUGUCGUUACCGCUAAUAGGAUAUUAA